CAAUGAUCGAGACCCGUCUAUCCCGAGUCCCGGUUUCGCUUCCCCAUCAUGUGUGACUUCACGAAAUGUGCGAUCCCGAGGGAUGAAAAAAUCAAAUUUAGUGCGGUCAUUACGGGUUAAAUCGUGUUUUUCUAUCAACACCUGGAACAGUAUAACCGCUUACACCCGAUGAUGGUAAAGUCCACUGGUGGAAAAUAAUAAGAAAAUGCUUCGUCGGUGAUUCGAUUAAAUAAAAAUGAGCAGUACAAAAAUGAACGCGAUCGUGGUGCUUUUGUUUUUGGUUAUUUUCAAUUUCGAAAUGUGCAUUUUGCAAAAGCCGAACGUGGACGCGAGGAGGCACGACGUUUAUAUCGCUGGAUUUUUCCCUUUCGGGAAAGGGGUGGAAAAUUCUGAAACAGAUUUCUCACCUCAUUUAGGUCGAGGCGUGAUGCCGAGCGUGAAACUGGCCUUAGAUCACGUAAAUGAACAUUCGCAGAUCCUCAGGAACUAUCGGCUUCAUAUGUGGUGGAACGACACUAUGUGUAACGCUGCUGUUGGAGUAAAAGCGUUUUUCGAUAUGAUGCACAGUGGACCCCAUAAACUGAUGCUUUUUGGGGCGGCUUGCACCCAUGUGACUGACCCUAUUGCUAAGGCUUCCAAACAUUGGCAUCUUACUCAGCUCUCAUACGCAGAUACUCAUCCGAUGUUCACCAAGGAAAAUUUUCCGAAUUUCUUCAGGAUAGUCCCAUCGGAUAACGCGUUUAAUUCACCGAGGCUCUCGCUUUUAAAGGAGUUUAAUUGGACUAGAGUGGGUACUAUAUAUCAGAAUGAGCCUAGGUACUCUUUAGCACAUAAUAGAUUAGUAGCGGAGUUGGACAUGCUGGGCUACCAAGUGGUAGAAACUCAAAGCUUCACUAACGAUUGUACAGCUCUAAUAUCAGCCCUCACCAAACUCAAGGAAAAAGACACUCGAGUCAUCUUAGGCAAUUUCAAUGAGAAGUGGGCCAAACAAAUGUUUUGCGAAGCGUACAGGCUCGACAUGUACGGCAGGAAGUAUCAGUGGUUAAUAAUGGGAACUUACCGCUUCGAGUGGUGGAAGAAAUUCGACGAAGACGUAAAUUGCACGCUGGACGAGCUAGAAACCUCCCUGGAACAGACUAUUUUAACGGACUUGUUGCCGUUGAGCACCAGUGGCGAAAUAACGAUUUCUGGCAUAACAGCCGACGAGUAUAAAGUCGAAUACGACUCCAGACGGGGCAAGGAAUAUUCCCGAUUCCACGGAUAUACGUAUGACGGCAUUUGGGCUGUAGCCCUGGCCAUCCAAAACGUCGCCCACAAAAUAAAGUAUUACCGAAGAAACCAAACGGUUACGGACUUCCGGUAUAGAGACCCUUUGUGGGAAAGAUUAUUCUUGGACGCCCUGAAUAAUACUAGCUUUGAAGGAGUAACGGGUCCGGUGAGAUUCUACGAUAACGAGAGAAAGGCCAGCAUAUUGUUAAAACAGUUUCAAAAUGGCCAGGAGGUAAAGGUGGGCGAGUACAGUGCUGCCAUCCAACAUCUGGAUCUCACUUUGGGGGUGCCACUUAAGUGGACUGGAAAAUACCCGCCUAAAGACAGAACAGUGCUGAUCAUAGAGCAUACAAGAGUGAAUAAGACUGUAUAUGCUAUACUGGCAUCGUUAGCUAUAAUAGGAAUCUUUAUUGCCGCCUUCUUUUUGGCCUUUAAUAUUAAAUAUAGAAAUCAAAGGUAUAUCAAGAUGUCUAGCCCACAACUCAAUAACCUCAUUAUCAUUGGAUGCAUGAUCACUUAUACAAGUAUCAUCUUCUUGGGUCUGGAUUCAGGACUAUCUAGCAUUGAGGCGUUUCCCUACAUUUGCACUGCCAGAGCCUGGACUUUGAUGGCGGGUUUCUCCUUGGCGUUCGGCUCAAUGUUCAGCAAAACCUGGAGGGUGCACUCCAUCUUCACUGAUGUGAAAUUAAAUAAAAAAGUCAUUAAGGAUUAUCAGUUGUUCAUGGUAGUCGGGGUGUUGCUUUGUGUGGAUGUGGUUAUCAUGACCACUUGGCAGAUUGCGGAUCCGUUUUAUCGAGAAACUAAACGUGGAGAGCCUUAUCCUCACCCAUCAAAUGAAGAUGAGAUUAUUAUACCAGAGAACGAAUACUGCACCUCAAAUAAAAUGACUAUAUUCAUAUCCUCCAUCUACGUGUACAAGGGGCUGUUAAUGAUUUUUGGCGCAUUUUUGGCCUGGGAAACCAGACACGUGUCCAUUCCAGCAUUAAACGAUAGCAGAUACGUUGGAUUUUCAGUUUACAAUGUUGUCAUUAUGUGCAUUCUUGGGGCAGCAGUUGCUUUGGCCCUGGUUGACCAUCAGGACGAGAUGUUUUUAUUAAUAAGUUCUUUCAUAAUGUUCUGCACGACCAUCACUCUUUGCCUCGUGUUUGUACCGAAAAUGGUGGAGUUGCGAAAAGAUCCAGGCGGUAGCAUCGACAAUAGGAUCAGGGCCACACUGCGCCCCAUGUCCAAAACCAGAAGAGACUCGAGUGUAUCGGAGAUCGAAACUAAAAUGAAAGACCUUAAGGAGCUGAACACCAAGUAUAAGAAGACUUUGUUAGAUAGAGAGAGCGAAUUACAGAUGCUAAUAAGGCAACUAGGCAACGAAGCCAAUGAGAUCCUGGAGGAUCAGAAAACGGAGGACUCAAUCUCGGAAACAAAUAGGCUUUCGGUGCCGCUUCUGCGGAAAGAACUGCCUAGCGCCACUGAGACCAGCGACCUCACUUCAUUAUGUAGUCUGAGUUCUCAGCCUGAUUAUAAUUCCUUACAUCGAUCUGAGAGUCAAAAAAAGCGUAAACACCCUCCACCGACAGACACUUCGCCAAAAAAAACACAAAACUCCCCAAAGAGCAAAAAACCUGAAGAUGACCUGUACCACCAGCAAAAGCCACCAAAUCAACCAAAACCCAAACAACCAAUAGCACAGCCUAUACAGCAACAACUGAACGGAACUUUAAAUAAACCCAACCCUCCCAAAGUGGACACCAUACCAUUAAAACUAGACAACAAUUACAACAGUGUCAAGGAACCAAAUAAAGUGGUCUCCAUAGCCGAACAAAUCGAGAUCCAGAGGUGCGAAACCCAACUUAAACCAUUUCCAAGUGAACAGGUUGAAUCCAGAGAUUCGACUUUAAAGAGGCAAGAGAGAAAAACCCCUACGCACGAACGAAGAUUAUCCAGAACACCUGGAGUGGUAGACUCCAUAGAAGUUCAAGAAAAAAGAAGAAGCAGCAUAAAAACCCCUGGAAAUAUUACCGAGCAAGAAGUGUCCUGUCACAGGCGAACGAGCACUCAGAGCAAUAACAGGGGCACACCCAAGAAAAAACCAGAGUGUGGCACCCAUGUGGUCGCCAAAAGUGAACUGUGGGACACUGGGAGUCAGCACAGGUGUCAAAAGUCCCAUCAGAAAACUAAUAGAGUUAGUAUACCUCAGCAGGAUGAAGAUGAUCCUCACAUACACCGUUCAACCUCAGAACGCAACCGACACGGUUCUCAAAAAGAGAAACGCGAGAAGUCUCCAGCAAAAAGUACCCCACCACCACCGCCCGAGGUGUCUGGCUGUAACAUCGGCAAUGCCCAAUGUCAAAAGUUGGGAUACUUCACAAGCACACCCAAUGUGGCGGCGGCGUUAAAAUCCAGCACGCAUCCCCCUAAGAGGGAUAAGUCUAUGUACAAUGCCACCUCCGAGGGUGAGUUGCUUGACAGGGAGAUUCUGCCUAUCUUCCAGAAAUUGCUGACAGAAAGGAAUAAAAGCCAACAGAACAUUGACUAUUCGUUCGGGAGGUCUUGUCCGAAUAUUAGUAUUAAGUGUGAUAUAGUUGAGUAUUUGUAAAGGACUCAGUCAAUUAGAGCAAGAAGAAUCUACCGAUUAUAAAGUAGACUGAUGUAUAAGCAAUUAAAUGUGUGUGUUGCAUUGAAUAACUAAGAAAUGGCCAGAAAGCCUUAAAUUUAUUCUAAGCAUUUGUCUAAACCUACAUGUUAAUUAGGCUUUUUGAUAUUAGGUGCAAAUUGACAUGACCUAUAGGUAAUAGUUUUUCUUAUACAGGGUUCCAGUGAGCUAAAAGUAAUUGAUUUUUUAGAAAAUUAGAUUUUUACAUAAACAUGUUUUCUACCAGAGAAAUAUUUGUUCCUUAUAUUAUCAUUUGACAAUCGUCAUGUUACUAUACUGGUACAGUUUUUAACAGGGGAACCACAUACAUCAUUGAGGAGACAAAAUGCCUCAGAUAAUGUCAAUUACUAAAUAACUGUGUUAGGCAUUUACUAAUAUUCAUAAUUCAUUAUUAGGUUUUGAAAAAAAAAAUGUUUUUAGUCUUUGGAUAUUAUCAAUAAUAAAUGCCAAUUAAAUAAUUUAAAAUUGUGUAAAUAUAUAUCAGUUUGAAUGAUCAAAUUAUUAUAUAGGAAAAGCAAUUUCUAUAAAGUGGUUAAGUUUGACAAAAAUCAUUAACCAAGGUUGUGUAAAUUUUCUUAGGCAAUUGC